CAUAUAGAAAGUAAGAGUUCUGUAAAUGUAACUUUUUUUUUAAACUUAAAAUGAAUAGAAGUCUCUGGGGUUAAAAAUUUGUAGAAGCUGUAUGAACAGAAGCUAGAUUUCAAAGAAAUAUGGAUUGGAAGGAGUUAAAAGAGCUUUCUUGGCUUCUGAAAAAUGUUCAGCGAUUAGCCAAUUAAAGGCUGGCAGCAUAGGAGCAUACAGGCAUAAAAAUGUAUUAAGUUGUACACCUAAGAUUUGCACAUUUAUAUGCAUGACACUCACAUGGAUGUGCAGCUAAUACUUUAAAAAAGGUAUCCAACUUGACCUGAAGAUAGGUUUUUCUAUAUUAUUUUUAUUUAUUAGAAAAGCAUUUAGCUUUAGAUCUGGCAUGCCAAUAGCUCACCACCUUGAGAGCUGCAGUUGUCUGUCUCUUGGAUGUGGUCCUGUUUCAGAGCCAGCCUGGAGCUGACAAGCAUAUUGUGAGGGUCAUGCUUCAUCACCAUUGACAGCUGGAGAUGAUGCCACCACAUGCCUUUGGCAGAAAGGCUCAGGGAAAACCAGGCAGUGGACUGUGCUGCCUACCCUUAGGCUGCGAGGCACAGCCCUGGAAACAGGAGGAUUAAAAAGCCUCUCAAUUUAAAGAGACAAGGGGGAGGGGAGUGUGGGCUGCACAGUUUAUAAAUAGACAGUGCUCCAGGCUGCCUGAUGAUGAAGUGGUUGUUUGGUAAAUUUUUCUUUUUUAAGGAUGCCAUUAUCAGAGACCAUUUCAAAUACCAGUUUCGUUUAGUGUUCUUGGUGGGCUUCAUCAACCCUUGGGCUAUAUUUCUGGAGUUUUAGGGGCAGGCCUUUAAUAUUUAGAUCCCAUGGAGCACAGAGAUGAUGAUGAUGAUAAUGAUGAUGUGUCUUUUGCCAAGUGGAUGAGCAGCUUUUGGGGUCACAGCUGGAGAGACAAGGAUGAGCGAGGACUCCGGGACCACCACCGACUACAAGAAGCGAGCUACAGGAAGGCUUCGCUGCCCUGCCCAUUUCCUGCAUUUCCCAGCAUUGCUCCAUCCGACUGCUACCCUAGAAGACAUUCUCACGAGGACCAGGCAUCCCGAAGACACCUUCCAAUGCGGUAUCACAGGAAAUGCUCAGUGGAUGGGUCAUUUCGGGAGCCAAUAGAACCACCAAGAAGAGCUCAUUCCAAAAUGCAGGAAUUUUCAGAAUCCUUUGCACAACACCUGUGCCUUCAAACCAAGUGCUCUCCUGCGGGACCCAAGGGGAGGAAGGAGAGAAAUGAAAGACAUUGCCUAGAGACUAACAUGAGAUCCUACAAGAAAGUGGAGGACAGAAGGACCUCAAUGAAGGAAACACCUGGAGACGAACCCAUGGCUCCUCUGAUUGAAAAGGGGCCUGAAUAAUAAUGCUUUGUUUCAACAUUGCCAAGACAGAUGUCACUGGUUGUUCUGAGACCCAGAACUUCCUGCAGAAUGACAUCUGGAAAGGGUUUUAGCAGAUGCUUAGACUACAGUGGGCAGUUGGAAUGGCUGCUUCUCAAGAUGGCUUGUGUUACACUCAAACUGUCUCUGGCAUCUUGCUUGAGUGUACGAUGUUCCUCUCCUUCUGUGAUAAGAAGAAAUGGUGUUUGAAUAAAAUAAAGGAAUCCCUGACAUUAUAAAAUUUGGUUUCUAAUGAGUCACAUAUGUGUCAUCACUAAUUCCUUUUCGUUAUUCACCUCCCACAUCAUCCUAAACAAAAGUCCUUGUCUCCAAUCUUACUUCCUUCUUCAGGUAAUUAAGCUGUAUAAUAGCCAUCACUUAAUGAAAACUACUAAUUAACAUAAGUAGUAUCCUGAAUGAUUUAACACAUUACCUAAAGCAAUCCUUAACACACUGAAGUGAGGUCUCUAUUGGCUCUCUUAAACUCAAAUCUAAAAGGACAUAGCAUUCAUUAGCUCUCUUGUUGGUGUGACAGAAUUCCUGGCAUGCGCAACUUCAGUUUCAUAGUUUAAUAGGUGUCAUUACUUCAUGACGGAUAGGGCAUAAUGGAGCAGAGGAGGCCACUCCAUGGUGGCCAGGAAGCAGAGUAAGACAAGAGUGGAAGAGGCAAAAUAUGCUCUUCAAAGUCAUACUUUUUCCCUUUUUAUUAAAUUUAUUUAUUUACUACCUUUACAACCCAAUGUCAGCCCUUCCUCUCCUUCUAGUACUCCCUCAUGCAAGUUCUACCCAAUUUCCUCUUCCCCUUCUAUUUUGAGAUGGGGAAACUCCCUUGGGUGUCAUCACCCUUGUCCACCCACCCACAAACACAUCAAGUUGGACUAGACACAUCCUCUCCCACUGGGGUCAGACAAGGCUGCCCAUUUAGGAGUGCAGGAUCCACAGGUAGGCAGGCAGGCGACAGGGACAGGGACAGCUUCUGCUCCAGUUGUUUGGGGGAUCCACAUGCUGCUCAUCUGCUACAUAUGGGCAGGGGUCUAGGUCCAGCCUGUGCUCACUUGUUGGUUGGCGAUUCAGGCUCUGGGAACUUCAAAGGGUCCAGGUUAGUUGACUCUGUUGGUCUUUUUGUGGAGUCCCUGUCCUGUUUCAGUCCCUCAAUCUUUCUCCCAACUCUUCUGUAAGACUCCUCGAGCUCCAUCUAAUAUUUGGUGUAAGUCUUUGCAUCUCUUUCCAUCGGGUGCUGGGUAGAUCCUCGCAGAGGACAGUUAUGCUAGGUUCCUUUCUGCAAGCAUAACCAAGUAUCACUAAAUUGGUUCUUGCCCAUGAGAGGUGUCUCAAUUUGAGGCAGUCGCUGGUUGGCCAUUCCCUCCAUCUCUGCUCUAUCUCUACCCCUGCAUAUCUUGUAAACAGGACAUAUUUUGGGUAAAAGACUUUGUGUUGUUGUCCUUCUUCUACUGGGAAUCCUGGCCAGCUAUAGGAAGUGGCCAUACACCCCACUGAUAGGAAUCUCAGCUAGAAUCAUCCCCUCAGAACCUUUGAGGACUCUCCCCAGUCUAGGUCUUUGGCUCCUCCUAGAGAUCGCAACCCCCCAAGCUAAUCUCCCUUGUCUCUUUCUGAGAUUCUACCUUACACCCAUCAGAAUAGUUAAGAUUGAAAACUCAAAGUACAGCACAUACUGGCAAGAUUGUAGAGCAAGAGGAACACUCUUUCACUGUUGGUGGGAGUGCAAACUUUACAACCACUCUGGAAAUCAAUUUGGUGGUUUCUCAGAAGAUUGGGGAUAGUUAUACCUCAAGAUCUAGCUCUCCCACUCCUGAGGAUCUAUCCAAAAGAUGCUCCACCAUCCCACAGAGAUACUCGCUCAACUAUUUUCUUUUCAGCUUUAUUUAUAAUAGCCAGAAACUGGAAAUAGCCUAAAUGUCUCUCAACUGAAAAAUGGAUACAGAAAUGUGGUAUAUCUACACAAUAGAAUGCUAUUCAGCCAUUAAAACAAA